CUUAACUUCACAUUAAAGACUUCCACAACAGAAUGCCUGACGAUGCGAUCUUAACAAAUAUCUGAUCGUCUGUUUGACGGUUUGAGAAUCACAAUGUAUGGCUUUGUAAAAAGAGAUGUCAAGAGCAGUGUGUAUCGAGCAGUAUCAGAUUUCCUUCUGAAAAAUGCAGCUGAAGACUGGAGAAAGUUACCUGUCAACUCAGCAUCUUUCCAACUCAUGUUUGGAGAAAGGAACAAACUGCCAUUUGGAAGACUAGGACAUGAACCAGGAUUGGUACAGUUGGUGAAUUACUACAGAGGAUCAGACAUUCUCUGUAGGAAGACAGCAAUGGUCAGAUUAUUCAAAGAUUUUUUCAAGUCUACUGGAAAACCUUCCCCGAAGUGGCUACCCGAGUCCUUCAUUCUUUGUCCUAAAGACAUUACGAAAAACCUGCAGAAAGCUGGUGAACAAGGGGCCGUACUAGUACGCAAAUCACCGAAACCUGAUGAAAGGGAAGACUUUUUAAAAGCGACUGAAAAAUUGGCAAAGCAGGAAGGAAAAUCUGUAACAUGGAUAGCAAAAUCUUCAGCUGGCUCAAAAGGAGAAGGCAUUAUGAUAUCUAGUAACCCAGAGGAGCUGAUACAGUUUGUUGAUACACAGACACAAGGUUUUAUAGUCCAGAGGUACAUAGACAACCCUUACCUGCUGAAAGGAGACAGGAAGUUUGAUAUCAGGUCCUGGGUCCUAUUGGAUACAAAUUACAAUAUCUAUCUGUUUCGAGAGGGUGUAUUGAGGACUGCAUCAGAAAGCUACAAAGCAGAUGACCUUGACGCAACCUUGGGUCAUCUGACCAACCACUGCCUACAACUGGAGUUAUCACCAAACUUUGGUGCAUAUGAAGAGGGAAACGAGAUGUUUUUUGACGAGUUUAACAGAUAUUUGUGGAAGAAAUCUUCUGUUACCAUGGAUGCAGUGAUUAUACCGCAGAUAAAAGAAAUAGUUAAAGCCUGUCUGACCAUAGUCAAAGAGCGUAUAUGUACCAGCUGUCUGGGAUACCAAAGUUUCCAGCUGUUUGGAUUUGACUUUAUGUUAGAUGACGAGUUGAAGAUCUGGUUACUGGAAAUCAAUGGAGCACCUGCAUGUGCACAAAAGCUGUUGCCAGACCUGGCGCGCAGUCUAGUACAGACAGCUAUUGACCCAAUAUAUCCGCCUUCAGACCCAGGAGGAAGAGGAGAAAACUGGUUUAAUCGUAUCACAUAAUCACACAAACACAGAAUUACAUUUAUGUUGUAUGAAUUUUUUCUGAAUGAAUGCUUCAUGGUAUUUGCAUGAUGGUGUUUUUCAGAGUAUUUGAGCAAACAUAUUUGGUAUUAUUGACUGUAUAUGAUAAUGUUGUAUACAAAAAAAAAAUGUAUACUGACCAAUAUAAAGCACAAUUACAAUACUGCAGAAUUCUGUGCAAAUUUGAAUGUAACAAAUGUGUAUGAUUUUUUGUUGUAUUAUUAGGACCUUGUGUCAUGAGAUGUGCCAUAUAGUAAUUAGUCUGAUUGUUUUUUCGUUUCUACACAACAUCUUUAGUUCUGUUGUAUGGUGAAUGAUCUAGUUUCAUUUGUUGCCCAUUAACUUUUUAGAUCACCUGAGACAAAAUGUCAAGUGACCUAUAUCAAUCACAUUUUAUCUGGCACCAUGUAUUGUGUGUGGUAAACAAUUUGCAAUUUUUGAAUUCUUCUCUAAAGCCAAGAGGCCAAGGGACUUAAUAUUGGGCCUUUAGUAUACUGGGGUGAAGGGCAACCAAGUUUGUUCAAGUGAAAGACCUUGACCUUCAAUCAAGGUCA